AGUUGGAUCGCCUGGUGUAUUUAGGGAGAGCGAUUAUGAAUACGCGAUUAUGAAUGCCCAAGAUGAGCUAUGAAACUAUCGGAAACUGAUGACGCAACAAAAAAUGAUACGAUAGUUAACGAUGAACGAUUAAAAUCAUUCUUCGAGUCGAAUGAUGAAAGGUUCAGAAAACUGAUCAACGAGCACCGGCAGUUUCAGUUGAAUCAGAGAAAAGCACUUUUUAACCGGGCGCUAAGACAAACUUUAUCUCAAAGUAUGGUAAACCCUAUACACCCCGGACUUCAGGCAAUCAGGACUUACGAAUCAGCGGAUAGAACAGAUAGCGAUAACAGAGGGUCUCCUUCCUCUGACACCCAAGUAAGGAAUGUUAGUAGGAACCUGCCCACACCUAGAUACUAUGUUCCGAAACGUCUUCCAAAGCGACCAACUACUCCCAGACAUGCCUCAUUUGAUGAAAACAAUGCUGUUAUUCUUAACUCACCACGGAGCCCUUUCUUUAACAAUUCGUUUGGGAUAAAAGCUUUGGAACGUCGGAUUGAGGAAGAUAUGAGGAUACAGAGUGAGCGCAGAAAACAGCCAGGUGGAAUACAAAGGAGCAUUUCUCUCGAUGCUCCAAGUUCAACUCAAAAUGAUUCCUUGACUGUAACAAACCUGAAUACCUCGUCUAGUUUUACUCACGGUACAAAGUCUCGACCUAAUUUCCUCUCACCCCCACAAAACCGAGCCAGCAAUCAAGCCCUUACUAUCAGCGAGGCUGUACUGUUAGCGAAUAAAAAGAUCAAAGAUGCUGUUGAUGAUAGAGAUCUCGUCCGGACAGACCCAAAAGAUCCAAGACCACCUCUGAAACGACAAAAUAAAGUGGUAGCUGAACAAAAGGUCGGUGACGAAGAUUUAGUCGAUCAAUCCACGAAAGAAACUUAUUUAUCUGGAUCAGCUUCAGAUUCAUUUUUCCAAACUGAGAUGUUUCAAGACAGUGAGACGAAGCAACUAAGCUGCAGACAAUCGUUGGUUUCCUUUAAUGAUAUUGUGGAAUACCUCUCCAUUUCAACUGAAAAUGAUAGUUUUGAGGAGAAUUGGAGAAUGGCCGGGGAGCUUCAGGCUAUGUUUGGUCAGUAUAGGAGUGAUUCAAUUGAGCAAUGUGAGGAUGUUAACCACGAAAACAAAAUGAUGGAAAACGAAGAAAACGCAAACUCUGGUGCUAAAGAGAACGAUGAAGUCCAAGUGAAUACGGAAAAAGUUCAGAACGAAUUAUGGGGAAGUUGUGCAAGGAGACAAAGGUUAAAAGACACUUCCUGGAGACGCCUUUGUAGUGACUCUCAGGAUCUAGACAUCAUUAAAACAUCCAGCAAAGAUGCCACUACCAAGGACAGUAACUUAAACAGUGACAUCAUCAACGAGGAGGCUGAACCAAAAGGAGAUACUAAUCACAAAGAUAGAGUUCAGGUUCAAAGAACGCGACCGGGGGAAGUAAAACGGCCCAAAAAAUCGUUAAUCUUAGACAAGAUUCCCACGCAACAUAGCAUAGAAGAGAACGGUUCAACUGAUUUGUCUCAGAAUUUGUCCCCUAAAAACUUAACUUCAGCUUCAUCUCCCAUGAGCAGUAAAUCAGGGUCCACAGCACCAAGCUGUCUAUCCUCCCCACUCCCGCACUCCACAACCAGUUGUGUCUCCACUCCGUCCGCAAGUUGUGUCUCCACCCCUACUUCCAUCUCAACCACAUCUUCUUCUAACUCAACUGGGACCUGUGGUUCAGACUGCUUGUGUCACUCUAAUUCUACUAAAAAAGAAAGAGAGUUUUUCAACUUUGACCGACAAAAGACAAUGACUUUAGGGACUCACGAAGUUAGGGUCAUGUCUCCCACUACAUCAGAAGAUCAACACACCUACAGUACUGAUCAGAAAUCGAGCACUUCAAGUUGUGGACAAACAUCAGCACACCGGGUUGAAGACAGACCCGCCCAGUUAGAAACUAAGAGCCGUACCAAAAGCAGGAAAAUUAAGAGAGUGCCAUUUAACUUAGCUCGCAUCAGCACCGACUCUGUUGAUGAGGUGUUUACUCCACGUAAUUUUGGUGAGUGAGGAUCACGUUACCAAGAUAUGAUAUCUGGGAGGUACUGAAUAGUAAAAUACCUGGGAGAUACUAAUAACUGAAUAGUGAAUAUCCAUAUUCUAUAUUCGAGCAGUCUGAAAUUGCGAGUACUUUCUGGUGUAGAUAUAAAGUUACAAAAGCUUUAUAAUUUUUUUUUUUCAAUUAUGACAGAAAUGAUCAAACUUGGUGUCUUUGUGACAGAUUUUCCGGCAAUCCUAGAAAGUGGAUAAGUGUUGUGUUUAUGUGUGAUUACAAAUAUAAAACUGUUACUGUGUGCGAGUGUGUGUAUUUGCAUGUGUGUGCAUGUUUUGUGUGAUUUUUGUGUGAUUUUAGUAUGAUUUUCAUACUUGACUGAGAAUAAAUGAGUGGUAUAAUUUGAAUAG